AUGCCCUCUCAGACACUGCUCGUUCUCAUCGUCACGCUUUGUCUAGCCGGGCUGAGCUUCGAGGCGCCUGCGCUGGGCCUCCGCAUUGUCCCCUACGAGGUGUUUCUCUCGGUGCACGCCGACUGCGGCACUCAGCUUGGCAAGGUGCACAUCGCAGACGAGUUCCUUGCCACCACCUUCCGAACGCCGCUCGGCGUCUCUGUCAAAUUUGAAGACGCAGACAUGCUCGAAAGCGCAGAGCUUGUUCACCAGAGCUCCAAGACCGCUUUCAUCAAAGCGGUCACGUCUCAGACGAACGAUGCCUGGACAGACGAGACUGGCUUCACCGAUAAGGCAUGCAGAGAGGCGUGCGAGGUACACGUCGAAGCGUUUUUUGGCCUAGAUUAUGUCAAGCCUACCUGGGUCCCCGAUCCGGUCAUACACGUCUAUGCUCAUUACUAUUGGACAGACGUGCCGACUGCCAUGUCCACCGUGCCCGAGUAUCUUGGCUUCGAAGUGGAAGACCCAAUCUACGAAGCGGAGGAGCAGUUGCAAGAGUACGGCAGUCUUGCACGCUCGCCGCGCACGGCACGAGAAGUCCUCAACGAAUUCGUCCUGAGCCGUCUCGAGCGAGACCAGAUCCGCUGGUUUGGCACGCUUCUACUUAUCCUCCUCUGCCUUGCUGUCGCUUUCUACCGACUCCCCUGGACGACGCAUCUCUCCGACGAUAACUGA